UUCGGGCUCCUUGCCAUGGGGUUUCUGCUCCCCCUCUCGUUGCUGGUUUUGCUGGCAGCAACCUACACGGAAGGUGGGAGUGCACGGAGGCACCGAGCUGCGCGGGCUCAAGGCCCCAGAGGAGGCAGCUCUCCCGCGCCCUCAGAGACCACAGCGCCAUUCUGGGUGAGCAUAAGCCCCAAGUUAAUGACCGUGGCACCGGGGAGUUCAGUGUGGCUCAACUGUAGCAGCAACUGCCCGCUGUUGGAGAGUUCCAUCCUCCAUACUGGACUGAGGCCCGGCCAGACACUCAGCGGACCCAACUGGGUCUCGUUCCAGCUGCUGGAAGUAAAGACCUGGAGUUCCGACGUGCACUGCUUCAUCACCUGCGCCGGAGUAACGCGAGGGGCCACGGCCAGGAUCAACGCCUACAAAGGGCCACAGAGCGUGAUCCUGGAGCCUCCGAUCUUAGAGGGCCGUGAGCACACUUUGCGCUGCCACGUGACGCAUGUGUUCCCCGUGGGCUUCCUGGUGGUGACUCUGCGGCGCGGCGGCCGGGUCAUCUACUCUGAGAGCCUGGAGCGCUUCACAGGCCUGGAUCUGGCCAACGUGACGCUGACAUACGCGUUCCCAGCUAAGCCCAAUGACCUCGGACAGCUCGUGACCUGCCACGCGCAUCUCAAUCUUGACGGCCUGGUGGUCCACAGCAGCUCAGCACCCAUGGCACUGUCAUUCUUUACUUGGAACACUACGUCCAAAGCCUUGGCUUCCACCUCCAUCGCAGCCCUUAUGGGGAUUCUUCUCGCCGUGGGGGUGGCCUGUCUGAGAAAGUACCUACUGAUGCAGUCCCGGGCUUAGAAGAGGAAGUCCGUGCGGAUGAGCAGGAGAGCAAAAAGGAAUCUGGAACAAUUUGGAGACCUCUGCCUAGAUCAAUAAAGCCUUCUUCAGCCAGCCUGUCCUGCGGCCUGAAGGUCCCCCAUUAGGGCACUGCCUCCUGGAAGUGGUCUUUUUAGGCCUUGUUACAAUCACUUUCUCCAAGUUCCUUGUCUCCCCGAAGGUACCUGAGGUUUUCUCAUGUUGGGCCACCUGGCCUCCCCAAUCCCUGCGCAUUUCCAGCCCAUGUAGUA